GGUGAUACGGCGCUUCACCUGGCGUGCUUAUUGGGCGAGGUAGACAUCGUCAAGGCUUUGCUUUCUUACGGCGCAGAGUUGGAGCGAAGAGGCGCGAGCGCAAAUCGCCCGAUCCAUCUCGCGUGUUCCGGAGGAUUUGAAGACGUCGUGACGACUUUGAUACUUCGUGGGUGCUGUGUAAACGCGACAAACGCUAACGGUGCUUUACCGAGCGCGCUUUCACAGAAUUUCAAGCACAUCAAAGCCAUCGUGCGAGGCGUCGAACAGGAU